UCCUGUUCGUCUUCACUGGAAAAAUGUCUCGAAGCCAGAUUUAUUACUCGGACAGGUACAGUGACGACCAUUACGAAUACAGGCAUGUCGUUCUACCUCGGGAAAUGGCUAAGCAUGUCCCAAAAUCCCACUUGAUGUCUGAAGAUGAGUGGAGACAGCUGGGAGUGCAGCAGUCCAAAGGUUGGAUCCACUACAUGAUACACGAACCAGAGCCUCAUAUCCUACUGUUUAGAAGACCUCUACCAAAACACUGACCCAAUCCUACCACUUCUCAUUGGGAAGUCAUACUGUGAAUGAUGGUUACCCUUCCGCUGCUUAAACAGUUAAAACAGCAAAAAUUACAAUAUUCUUACAAUAUUCUUUGUAAUUUUCCUUGUGUUUCAGGGACUUUGUAUGUUACCCCCUAGAAGAAUGCUUAAAGAAUUGUGCUACUGUCAUACAGUUUUUUUUAAUACAUUUUCUUUGCUUACAGCAUUUUCCCCUUUCGGUUGUAGUUUUUGUUUUGGACACAUGAGGGUGCUAUUAUCUUGUUUAAAAUUCAAAUGGAAACAUCUUAAACAACUUCUUAAGCAGAGGUAUUGUCCAAGUCAACUGCAUUUCUUUUUCCCAGAUGUACUUUAGCUAAAUACAAAGUUUCUAAUGUGAAAAACAACAAUAAAGCCUCCCCACAAAGUA